AUGGUGGGCGUUAAGUAUCAACAGGCUCAUCCUUCCUCAUGCCGCUACUGCACCUUCUGGUCCAUCCAUCGCUCAGGUAUGGGGACCAAGACGACCAAAACUCCCCGGACGCCCAAAACACCGAAGGGUAUUCUACGCUGCAUGCACUUCUUCCCCGGCGAUAAAGCUGCUGCCGCCACAUCGCAGGAGACCCAGGUCCCCAAGGGUAAAGAGGCUGAUGGUGCCGUAGGUAAUGGUGUGGCCCUCACCGUUCCCCCCACACAGACUCCCGCUGAAGUGAGCAAAGCUUCGACAAAAGUUGACAAGGCCAAUAAGAAAGCUGUCGACAAGGCCAAUAAGAAAGCUGUCGACAAGGCCGAGAAGGAAGCUGUCGACAAGGACGAGAAGGAAACUGUCGACAGGACCGAGAAGGAAGUUGUCGACAAGGCCGAGAAGCAAGUAAUUGAGAAGGUCGAGAAAGAGGCCGUUGACAAAGCCGAAAGGGAAGUAACAGAGAAGGCCAAGCGGGAGGCCGAGGAGAAGGCCAAGCGGGAGGCCGAGGAGAAGGCCAAGCGGGAGGCCGAGGAGAAGGCCAAGCGGGAGGCCGAGGAGAAGGCCAAGCGGGAGGCCGAGGAGAAGGCCAAGCGGGAGGCCGAGGAGAAGGCCAAGCGGGAGGCCGAGGAGAAGGCCAAGCGGGAGGCCGAGGAGAAGGCCAAGCGGGAGGCCGAGGAGAAGGCCAAGCGGGAGGCCGAGGAGAAGGCCAAGAGGGAAGCCGUGGAGAAGACUGGAACAGAGGUUCCAGAAAAACAAGCUAAGGCAGAGGGAGAGCAAAAGGAAGAGGUGAAGAAGGAAGAGGAAGCUGCAGCUGCUCCAGUUGUGGAGGAGAAGAAAGAGGAAGCAGUUCCUGCUCCAGAGGAGAAGAAAGAAGAAGCUCCUGCUCCAGUCGUAGAGGCACCCAAAGAGGACCCAGCCCCAGCCCCAGCCCAGGAGGAGCAAAAAGAGGAAGCCCCAGCUGCUGAGGAGACUGCACAGAAGGUGGAGGAAGCCCCAGCUCCUGUUGAGGAGGCUGCUGCUGAACCUGAAGUCAAGGAAGAAACAGUGAAGGAGGAAGCUGCCCCAGUAGCUGAGAGUGCCCUUGUUGAGGAGACUCCAGUUGAAACUCCUGCUGCAGAGCCAGUUCAGGAGGAGAAGAAGACUGAAGAGGUGGAGGAAAGUGUUGCCAGUACGGAGGUUCCCGUUGUAGAGUCUCAGCCCGAGCAGGAAUCUGCCCCCGUUGUAGAGGAGGUUUCUGCACAGGAAUCUGCCCCCGUUGUAGAGGAGGUUCCUGCUCAGGAAUCUGCUUCUGCUCAGGAGGAGGUCCCUGUUCAGGAGAGUGCUCCAAUCAGUGAGAAGGCUCCUGCUCAGGAGUCUACCCCAGUUGAGGAAGUAGCUCAGACCACACAGGCUGCAGCUGAACCCACACAACAAUCAGAAGUGAUUCAGACCAGUGAGUCCACACCUGAACAGAGUGCAGAACAGGAUACUACACAACAGGUAUCCGAGGCUGCUGCCAAGCCUGCAACUGACGAUAUAGUGAAAAAGUUUAUACAGUUGGAUUCCGAUGUGGAGGCCAUGUUAACAUUAGCAGGUUCAGCAGAGGCUUCAGUUGAGGUCAAGCUGCCUAAGGUUAGGGUCUUGGCAGCUCCUUGUGAUAAGUGUACACAAAAUGUCUAGUCAUAAAUGAAUACAGUAAAACCUCGAUUAACAGACUUUCGGAUUAACCGUCAAUCCUGGACCCCAUUUUUUAUUCACGGUUUCUGUGCUGGUUCAUAUUUAUUUACUGAAGUGGUUAAUGUUUUAAAGCAAAUUCUAUUGAAAUAUGAAUGGCAAAUGAACAAAAAUGAAUAGAGGGACUAAAAUGAGGUAGUUUAGGGAUAGGUACUUUGAAAAUGUUUUUAUUUCCGUAGACUUUAUUUACUACUAACCGGCCUUUUGGAUUAUCCGUCAGCCCCUUCCCUCCAUAUGUGGUCGGUUAAUCGAGGUUUUACUGUAUAUAUGCUAUUGAAUGGGAAAACCAUACUCUGAAAUUUUGAAGUAAAUGAACUUUUGUUGGUAUACUUUGCAUAAUAAUUCAAAGCAAGUGAAUACAAAGUAAUGCAUUUUGAUACCAUGUUGCCUUUUC